AUGGAACAGAGGUCAAACGAGGUCGCCGGCCGUCUUGAAGGUUUCCUCGGCCUUCCUAUCCCGCAUGCAGCGCAUGAAACCCGCCAAGUGACCAUUAUCGAAUCAUUACGCGCCAACGUAUACACUCGUAUGAAACGACAUACAUCGCAUCAGCGCCUUGGCCAGUUUACUGUUCUCGGCCAGUGGAACUCGCAUGUGCCUAUAUAUCAUGGAGCUCGCUGCCCUGAACAAAACGGGCGAGAAAUAAGCUUUUUCUUUCUAUUAUUAUCGUUAUGUUCUCUCUGCUCUCUCGGGGGCGGGGGGGUUUCUUUUGAAGCGAGUAAACAGUAUAUCCAUAUGCGUAAAGAUACCCUAGAGGCGGUUGGUUUAGAUUUGUUUUUAUGGGUAGGAUUAUUUCUUGCCUAA